CAUCCCUGCCGAGCCGCUGGGCCCGCCGUGUCCGCCCGAGUGUCCGCGCUGCCGCCGCCGCUGCACGGAGGACGCCGCGCGCUGGUGACAGGAGAGCCCCGCGGAGAGCUCGCGCCCAGCACCGCCUCCGGAGCCCAGCCUGCCUCCCCUGCCCGGUCCUCGCCGCCUGCGUGGCACCAUGAGCCUGAAUGGAGUCGUCCCCUUGGGGCUGGUGCUGCUGGUCUGCGGAGCCCAAGGCUUUUUCCUGCCUAACGUCACCCACUUAGAGAAGCUGCUCAGCAAAUACCAGCAGGACAAGCCCCACUCCCGCGUGCGGAGGGCCAUUCCCCGGUCGGACAAGGAGGAGAUCCUCAUGCUUCACAACAAGCUGCGAGGCCAGGUGUACCCCCCGGCCUCUAACAUGGAGUACAUGACCUGGGACGAGGAGCUGGAGCAGUCGGCGGCAGCAUGGGCUCAAGAGUGCAUCUGGGAGCACGGCCCCACCGGUCUGCUGGUGUCCAUUGGGCAGAACCUGGCCGUCCACUGGGGCAGGUACCGCUCUCCUGGCUUCCACGUGCAGUCCUGGUAUGACGAGGUGAAGGACUACACCUACCCCUAUCCCCACGAGUGCAACCCCUGGUGUCCAGAGAGGUGCUCUGGACCCAUGUGCACCCAUUACACGCAGAUAGUCUGGGCCACCACCAACAAGAUUGGCUGUGCUGUGAACACCUGCCGGAGGAUGAACGUUUGGGGAGAUGUUUGGGAGAAUGCGGUCUAUCUCGUCUGCAAUUACUCUCCAAAGGGGAACUGGAUCGGAGAAGCCCCGUACAAAACCGGCCGGCCCUGCUCCGAGUGCCCGCCCAGCUACGGAGGCAGCUGCAACAACAACCUGUGUUACCGAGGAGAGACUUACAGCCCCAAACCCGAAACAGACGAGAUGAACGAGGUGGAGGUGGCUCCCAUUCCUGAAGAGAAGCACGUCUGGGUCCAGCCCAGGGUGGUCAGACCCACGAAGCCCAAGAAAGCGCCCGCGGUGAAUUACAUGACCCAAGUUGUCCAAUGUGAUACCAAGAUGAAGGACAAGUGCAAAGGGUCCACGUGCAACAGGUAUCAGUGCCCCGCAGGCUGCCUGGAGAGCAAGGCAAAAGUUUUUGGGACUCUCUUCUAUGAAAGUUCAUCCAGCAUAUGCCGGGCCGCCAUUCACUACGGAAUCCUGGACAGCAAAGGUGGCCUGGUGGAUGUCACCAGGAACGGGAAGGUCCCCUUCUUCGUCAGGUCUGAGAGACAUGGUGUGGAGUCUUUGAGCAAAUACAAGCCUUCCAGCUCAUUCGUGGUGUCAAAAGUAAAAGUGCAGGACCUGGACUGUUAUACCACGGUUGCUCAGCUCUGCCCGUUUGAGAAGGCGGGGACCCACUGCCCGAGAGUUCAUUGCCCAGCACACUGCAAAGACGAGCCAUCCUACUGGGCUCCUGUGUUUGGAACUAACAUCUAUGCAGAUAGUUCAAGCAUCUGCAAGACGGCCGUGCAUGCAGGAGUCAUCAGGAACGAGAGCGGGGGCUACGUGGACGUGAUGCCUGUGGAUAAAAAGAAGACUUACGUGGGCUCACUCAGGAAUGGAAUCCAGUCUGAAAGCCUGAGGACCCCUCGAGACGGAAAGGCCUUCCGGAUCUUUGCCGUCAGGCAGUGAAUUUCCAGCGCCGGGGAGAAGGGGGCGUGCGUCUUCAAGAGGGCUUCAGGGUUUUGCUUUUUAUUAUUAUUUUGUCAUUUGGGAGGGGGGUGGGCUGGGGAUAUAGAGAGGCAGGAAACUUCCUUUGAAUGGCGUUCAGUGUCACACCCUUUGUGCCUUUGCCUCGAACCACACGGAGAAGCAGCGUCCUUGGGGGCCCGCUGGACAGCUGGUGACAGCUGAAGCCCGGAGGUCCCCAUCGGCGCGCCCACUCUGCACGGAUGGUCACCAAGGUGCUCCUCCCCAGUGCUCCUCCGUGGGUGGGAGAGAGUUUCAGGCCCCCGGAGCUGGCAGAUGUGGAGCUCACGCAGGGAGGCACGCAGGGGCGGGAGGAGGCAUAAUGAACACCCGAAGGGCGAGUUUCAAGAAUGGAAUAGAAGGUGGCUAUUUAAAAACUUUGAAAACACAGUCUGUCCCUACCAGUGCAAUAAAAUGGGGUUAAUGUUUGCUGGUCAGACAAAUGGGCUGGAACCAGGGGGCUGGGGAGGUGAGGCCGGGGCCCUGCCCUGGCACCUGUCCCUGCCGGCACCCCGCCUCCCGCAGGCUGGAUCUGUAGACAGCAGUGCUGGUUUAUUUAGAGUUCCACGGUAACGCCGGAGAUUUACCAUGUCUUUGUCCUUCCCUUUGUCCACGUGGCCCGUCUAUUUGCUUCCGUGACCUUUGGUCUCAUUGAGGACAAAUGAACCAGGAUCCUUUCUUUGCCCCCCACCCGUGUGGCUCCUGGCCCAGCCCAGACUGGUUUGUGCAUCACGUUCCCCACCAGGGUCUUCGCUUUGCAAGUGGUUCUCUUGGCAGCCCACUUUUUUUUUUUUAAACUUAGUAUCAGUUGGUUCCACUGAGGUGUCUAAGAACAGCCAAAGGAGGGCUGUUUUGUUGCUGCUUUUAAAAAGUGACAAUUAAAUAUGCAGAUUCCCCGAUCCAUCCGAUGACCUAGUUUUUAGCAGUGGGAGGAAUGGAUUCCUUGGUACAUUCCUCGCCCAGGUUAGCAGCUCUGGGAAGAGGAACAGUUUGUGGUUAUGAAACCAUCCUGCGGUGUAAUAGCAAGAGACGGUAACACUCUAGAAAGAUUUCUCUUCCUGUUUUUGUGGAACAGCCCUUGCCAAAUGCUCCUCGGGCUCUGAGGAGUGCGGUGCUCUCUGGCUUCCACUUUACAAAAGUUCUUCAUAAGCCCAGACCAAAACCCACAGUGAAAUAAAAUACCUUUUUGUAAAUAGCAUUGCUUUGCAGAAGGUAAAAUUCCACCCUCCACCAGCAGGCUGGCCAAUCUAUCACUUCUGUGAACGCCGGUUUUAAAUUUUAAGUUCAUUCUUCAUCAAAAUAUUGCAAAGGCAAAGGAACUAGCAGGCAGUUUUUUUAAAAAAAAACAAACGAAGCAAAACUAAGAUGAUCCGGACAAGGAAGUCUACCAGGGGGAGUAAGCUGGUGUGUUGUUGAGAGCACCCCUACUUCGUGCACACGCUGGAGGUAAACAGCUUCCCUCCUCCACCUUUGGGGAGCUGCUAUAAGCAGUGCAACUCGUAGCCCAACAGAGCUGAAACUAGCAGAGCUGUUUUUCCUUCGUGCAUUGUGGGCUCAUAGUAAUUCGUAGGUUUUGACAAUUUGACCCCAAAUGUCAGAGCAUAAGAAUUUGGUUGGCCUGACAGUUAUGUGUCUAGUUAUAGCCAAAGAUCUGAGUACUGGGAAACUUCUGGAUUCUAGGUGUUGUGCUGCUGGACUCUCCAUCAGACUUCGCUCUGCCACCAACCUUCUGUGGCCUGUGGCUUUGUUGAGACUACAGGGUUGGGUUUUUAGAAUUCGAGACAGUCCAGGGGCUCUUCCCAUGGGUUUGCUGUGGAAGCAUCCUACCCAAGGGAGAAUCUGAAACAUCUGGUGCUAGUGGACCCCAUCCACUAUUUUAAAAUUGAUUUCCCCGACUGGCGAAUGCCUCAGUAACUGGCUGGCCCAAUGGGAUAGGCAAUCCUCACCCAGAACCGGAACUUGCUCUCCUUUUUGUACUCACGAACAUUUUGAAACUGGAAUCGUUUGUCUUCCGAGAAUGGAAACAAGGCAGCAAAGUCUAAGCCCCUAUAAUCAGAGGCCACCUCUCACUUUGCGUGUUAACGAGACCCACCGUGCCAUUGGCACGGAACCCACAGAAAGAUGACAAAUCAGGCCAACAGUGUUGCUGGGUCUCCUGCCUCCAAAAUAAAAAGUUCUCAUUUCCUUCAGAUUUUUGCCCUAUCAUGUUCUGAGUUUUUAUAUUGUCUGUAGGCUCACUCAGCCCGCAGCUUACAUGUGUGCUUUUUUCUAUGAAAAAUGAUGUAUUUUACUACUUCCUAUGUACAAAAGUUUAUUGUAAAUUUUGUGUGUGUGUGCUUUGCAUGAACGGGGGCCACGUUGCUGUUGUUUCAAUAAAACUGGUUUGAUUUCUAAA